AAGACGCAUAGCUUGCAGCUCAACGUCAAACAAAACAAGAAAGAAAAUACAUAUAGUUUGGAUUAAGACAUCCUUUUCAAGACUGGUGUUUGCAUUUGGACGUACUUGAUUAGAAUGCAGGAGGAUCCCACAAUGUCUGUGUCAAUUGCACCCACAUCUCCGCGGAGACCGAGGAAGAGGACCGGCCCCACGGUGUCCAUCCUCAUCCUAAACGCCAUUUCCUCCUACGGGGGUUCGCGCGGCGUGUCCCUGGUGGCCCUCAAGAAGGCGCUGAAGGCCAGCGGCUACGACGUGUCCAGGAACCGAGCUCGGAUCCGUCUCGCUCUGCGCAGGCUGGUGGCCAAAAACGUCAUCAUGCGCAAAGGGGCUUCUGGAUCCUUCAAACUCAACCCCAACCCGCCCGGGGCUCGCAAAAAGGGGGCUGUGAGGACGGAGAGGAGGCCCAAGAAGAAGAGGAGGAGGGCGAGGGGGAAAGGAAAAGGGAAAGGGAAGAGGAGAAAGGCCCAGGGGAGAAGGACCAAGAGGGGGCGCCCCAGGAGAAGACGGAAGAAGGCCACUCCUGCGCGAAAGCGGUCGACCAAGAAGAGGAGGAGAAGGAGGAGAAGGGCCCCGAGAAGGAAGACGCCAAAAAGAACCAGGAGGAUCCGACGGAAGCGGCCCAAAUCAGCCAAGGUCCAAAAUAGGAGGUGGAGUAGGACGAGCAAAACGGAGUGCGAAUGAUCCUUGGCAUUCCUGGCAUCUUAAGAAUCAUAUGGACCAUUUAUUUAUGAAGUUAUUUGGUCUAUGCUAUCUGUCCUUCUGUAAUAGGAAAUAAUAACCCUGCUGUUUCAGCACUUCCCUUCCUUAUUGUCCAUGUUGUGAACAAUAAAACUCAUUUAACUGAAGUAA